AUGAGAAGGAACGGUUUCCUAAAUCGAACGCUGUCAAAGGAAGCCAAUGUGCUGAGCGAGCUGAAUGGUGUUCCUGAGUCCAGCUCUGCACUCGUCCGAAAUCCAGAUGGCGCACUACGCGGUAUAAUAACAGUGGUGAAAUGCUCAACGAAUCAAGCCUACUGCAUAGCUGUCGAAAUCGACCGGUCAAUCAUCGAUAAAUACAUUACGAUCGAGCCGACCGACGAUCCACAGUGCUUUCAGAUAGUCAAUAUCCAGGGACAAGCUGAGGACAUGCGUUUGCUGCCGAUUUUUAUACAAGUUCAUUACAAUCCGAAAGGGCGUUUGGCGCUGGAACACUUAAUGGAUCAGCUCACUGAAAGGUCUUCCUCAGCCUUUUAUUCUCCUUAUAAAUGCUUCCAGCACUUUAUACUCAUAAAAGCACGAAGGUCUAGUUUGCAGCUUCUACGAGUUCUCUCCUCUAUUCACAGCUCUCACAAGUUUUUCCUAAUUCUCGCACAUAGCAGAUUUUGAUU